UUGAAAAAGUGGGCGGCACCCACUGCAGUCGGUCCCGCUUGCCCGCUCCAUCCGGUAGUCACUGCUGUCCACAACCUGCGGGAGACCAACAAGAGGAGGAGGACAUCUCGAGCAGGAAGGAGUCCAACGAAGUCAUGUCGGCCCCCAAGCGACAAGACACCCGCAAACUCUUUGAGAACUUGUCCGGCCAUGGAAAGUCCAUCGCGGUGCUUACCAGUGGCGGAGAUGCCCAAGGGAUGAAUGCAGCGGUCCGGGCUGUGGUCCGCAUGGGAAUUUACGUGGGAGCCAAAGUCUACUUUAUACAUGAGGGUUACCAGGGCAUGGUGGAUGGCGGCGAUAACAUCAAGGAGGCGUCAUGGGAAAGUGUCUCCAGCAUGUUGCAAGUGGGCGGCACGGUGAUCGGCAGCGCUCGCUGCAAAGCCUUCCGCACCCGCGAGGGCCGCCUGCAGGCGGCCCUCAACUUGGUGCAGAAGAGCAUCACCAACCUUUGUGUCAUUGGUGGUGACGGAAGCCUGACCGGGGCCAAUCUCUUCCGGGAGGAGUGGAGCGGUCUUCUGGACGAGCUACUGCAGAAGGGAGCAAUCAGCGAGGAGGCGGCGCGCAGCAACUCGGCCCUGCACAUCGUGGGCAUGGUAGGCUCCAUCGACAAUGACUUCUGCGGCACCGACAUGACCAUCGGAACUGACUCGGCGCUGCACCGCAUCAUCGAGGUGGUGGACGCCAUUAUGACCACUGCUCAGAGCCACCAGAGGACAUUCGUGCUGGAGGUGAUGGGUCGCCACUGCGGAUACUUGGCAUUGGUCAGCGCUCUGGCCUGCGGGGCAGACUGGGUGUUUUUUCCUGAAAUGCCUCCUGAAGACGGCUGGGAGGAAAACAUGUGCCAGAAGCUGUCUGAGAACCGUGCUGACAAAAAGAGACUCAACAUCAUCAUCGUGGCUGAAGGAGCCAUCGACUGCCACAACAAACCCAUCACGCCCGACUACAUCAAAGACCUGGUGGUGCGCAACCUGGGCUUCGAUACCAGGGUGACAAUCCUGGGCCACGUGCAGCGGGGAGGAACCCCAUCCGCCUUCGACAGGAUCCUGGCCAGUCGUAUGGGCGUGGAGGCGGUGCUGGCCUUGCUGGAGGCCUCUCCCGGCACACCAGCCUGCGUGGUGUCGCUUGUGGGCAACCAGGCCGUGCGCUUGCCCCUCAUGGAGUGCGUGCAGAUGACACAGGAAGUGCACAAGGCUAUGGACGAAAAGAAGUUUGAGGAUGCAGUCAGACUGCGUGGCAGGAGCUUUGAGAACAACCUGAGCACCUACCGACUUCUCUGCAACCGCAAGGCUGACUCGGAGCUUCCACAUGUAAGCAUCUCCUUCAACGUGGCCGUGUUGAACGUCGGGGCGCCCGCCGCCGGGAUGAACGCCGCCGUGCGCUCUGCCGUCCGGGUGGGCAUUACCGAAGGCCACAAAAUGUUUGCGGUGAGCGACGGCUUCGAGGGAUUCUACAAGGGUCAGAUCAAGGAGAUCAAGUGGGGCGACGUCGGAGGCUGGACGGGACAAGGAGGCUCGCUGCUCGGCACCAAAAGAACACUUCCCGGGAAACAUCUGGAGCAGAUCGCCCAACAGAUGGCGCUCCACAACAUCAACGCGUUGCUCGUCAUCGGCGGAUUUGAGGCCUACAUGGGAUUGCUGGAACUUUCGGCGGCACGGGACAAAUAUGGCGAGCUGUGCGUGCCUAUGGUGAUGGUCCCCGCCACGGUAUCCAACAAUAUACCGGGCUCAGACCUUAGCAUCGGUUCCGAUACGGCGCUCAACGCCAUCACGGAUACAUGCGACCGCAUUAAGCAGUCGGCCAGCGGUACCAAGCGGAGGGUCUUCAUCAUCGAGACUAUGGGGGGCUACUGCGGUUACUUGGCCACUGUGGGCGGGCUGGCGGCGGGCGCUGACACCGUCUACAUCUACGAGGAACCCAUUGACAUCCGAGACCUGCAGGGUAACGUGGAACAUCUGACGGAAAAGAUGAAGACCACCAUCCAGAGAGGUCUGGUGCUUAGGAACGAGAACUGCAAUGAAAACUUCACCACUGACUUCAUCUACCAGCUUUACUCUGAGGAAGGUCGAGGAGUGUUUGACUGCAGGAAGAAUAUUUUGGGGCACAUGCAGCAGGGUGGCGCUCCGUCUCCAUUUGACAGAAACUUUGGCACCAAAGUGGCGGCUAAAGCAGUCCAGUGGCUCACCAAGACCAUGAAGGAGUCUUACAAAGGAGGCCGAGUAUUCGCCAACUCCGAGGACAGCGCCUGUCUGCUGGGCAUGAGACGCCGUGCGAUGGUCUUCCAGCCUGUGGCGCAGCUCAAACAGGAGACCGACUUUGAACACCGGAUCCCCAAGGAGCAGUGGUGGCUGAAGCUCCGCCCCCUGAUGAAGAUCCUGGCCAAAUACAAGACGAGUUACGACGUGUCCGACUCGGGUCAGUUGGAGCACGUUGGCCGCUUCCGGGCCAAAGAGGGCGACCCCUCAACUGCCAUCUGAGCGUCUCAUUGGCUGUUGCUAACUUAGGCGCAUUCUACACACACACACACACACACACACACACACACACACACACACACACACACACACACACACAAAUUGAAAAUCACAAGCUGUUACUCUAAUUUAUUGCAGAUUGGAAUAUAUAUCUAUAUAUCACUGAAAUAUGCACUCCGAAUGAUGUACUGUAUGGCGCACUACACAUGUAACUUUAUCUUCUUCUUGUUUUGUCUUUGUUGCUGCUAAUAUGUCACGACGCGUGAAAACUACUGUGCAUGAGAGUUGUGUGUCCGUUGCCUGCGUGUGUGUACACCGUAUUAAAGCUUUGAUUGUGUCGGUU